AUGUCCGAUACAGCUUCAUCAUCGGUUCCUACAGCGGAUCCGACAUUACCAGGGGAAACCGUUUCUAGCACAACCGAACUCACCGAGACUUCAACUCCUCCACCGGAAGGAACCACUACAACUUCAGAAGAGGAAACCACCACUCCCACACCGGAACCCACAUCCGAACCCCCAACUAGUACUCCCGUCGAAACCACACCCACUUCGGAUCCAGUACCGGAAUCCACAUCGACAACAGAGGAACCCACAUCAACAACGGAGGAGCCUUCGUCUACAACAGAAUCGGGACCGGAACCUACACCAACUACCGAGGAAGAGACGUCCACAACCGAACAGGAGUCUACAUCAACACCUGGGGUCACGGUUAUCACUGUCACACCGUCAACCUCGGCCGACACAACCAUCACAAUCACCACAACAUCGGUUAAUACGGACAGGUCAACCACCAGCCCCCCAAGCAGCUCGACUCAAAUAUCUUCUUCAACUUCUUCUACGAUCUCUGCGACCGCGAUCCCUUCUACCGGCGGAGGCGGCCUUAGCCAGCCGGCGAAGAUCGCUAUUGCGAUCAUAAUCCCGAUCUUUGGUGUGAUUCUUUUCGCCUUUGUUGCGCUUUUCAUCUGGAGAAGGCAUAAGAAACGCAAGGAUAACGCGGAAGAGCGUAGAAAGGAGGUUGAGGAGUAUGGCUAUAAUCCUAACAAUGACACAUCAGGCCCAGGGCCCUCAGCAUUGGCCGCUGCUGGUGGAGCGAGUCAUGAAGGCGACAUGGCCGAGAUGGAGGCCGGUUACCGUGGAUGGGGAAACACCGCAGGGGGCCGUAAAGCAUCUGCUCCAUUGUCAGCAACCGCUACAACAUCAAACACGGCUGGAGCUGGAGGAUAUGGAAAUGCAAAUUAUUCCGGUGCACCUACCAAUGGUGGGCAACAAUAUGCAGCCCCGCAACAACCAGAGCUCUAUGGCUCACCACCGGCAGCAGCUGGUGCGAUUCCUGUCGCUGCAGGAGUAACGGGGGCCGCAGUUCUUGGCGCUGCUCACCUGGAAGACGAAGCGAAGAACCGCGAUCGCCAUUCCCAUUCCCCACUUCUUUCCAGCCCGACAAACCGACCUAGCACUGCCGAUUCAAGUACCAUUGGGGCACCAGCCACUACUGGGCCGAGUGAAUUGGACGACGGUCUUCAUCGAGGUGACUCCGUUGCUUCCUCUCGUUACACCAAUGCCACUCGCCAAUCUGAAGACAGCGGUGCACACGAUGUUCCCGGAAACAAUGGUCAUAGGAACACAUAUGUGUCGGAUGGGAAUGACUACUAUAACGACGUAGCAAACCCAUAUGCUGGGGAUUACGAUUACCAUGAACACGCGCCUGAGCAGGGGUACCAUCAGCCACCUAUGAUCCAACAAGUUGGGGCUCGGAGGAAUACCAGGAUUGAAAACCCCCCUGAUACACAUUAUGCCCAGAUGCCACGUCAAGGGACCAGCGGAAUUGCACAGAACUUUUAA